AUGUGGAAGAUCAGCUGGAAAAUACGAACUAUUAUUUUAUGUUCAAUUUUUGCCAUUUUUCAGUUAUCAGGAUAUAUUGAGCCAACAUAUAGGUGAGGAUAACUGGGCUCUGACCAGGAAAAAACAAAUAUUUUUUUUGCAGAGAUCACCUAAUUAAACAAGAUGUUCGAGACUUCAAAGCAUUCAUAACAUCAUCCUAUUAUUAUCCAAAAUCGCAAAGUUUGGGUGAUAAUGCGCUAGCCCUUGUGAUGAACAUAAAUCAAAAGCGAAAAUAUUGGUUUGAUGACAAGUUGUAUGAAAUUGAGAAAAAACCACUGGUCACAAUAAGAGCUAUCAAUUCAACGUCUUCAAAAAUCAUCACAACACCUUAUGAAAGAGUGACAAUGGAUCACAAUGCGUGUUUGCUGCCAACAGUUUUUGUCACCGUGCAACUUCUACCAAACACAAUUUCUGUUGAACUUCUUGGCGAUGAUGAUCAAACUUCAGUAGCAAUUCCAUUUUCAAUUCCACCAACUACAAAAUACGAUGUUGUAGUUUGUAUAUCCCCAAUUUUUGUGGCUGAAAAUUGGCAGAAUUUUUUGUUCGCAAUGCAUAUUUAUAAAAAAUUCGGAGGAUUUGUGAAUUUAUAUUAUAUAAGUUCGAUUGAUUCAAUUUUCGAUCUUAUAAGAAUUUACGAAGAUGCUGGUUAUUUAACAGUUCAGCCUUGGGUUACUAUCAAAAUGAUUGGAGUUGAUAAAAAUGAAUUGGACGCUUUUCAACAAGUUGAAUUUAGAAAUCAGGCAGCUGCUCAAACGGAUUGUAUUUUGAAGUAUAAAGUAAGUUGGAAUUGUUUAUAGGCUCCGAAAACAAUUGAAUUUUUCAGGAAACCGCGAAAUUCGUUACAUGUCUUGAUUUGGAUGACAUUCUUAUUCCUAAACUUGACCAACAUUCAUUGAAGAAUUCAAAAUUCUUUUCAAAAACGUGA